CGACUGUUGACAAAGCAAUCAAGUGGCAAGCCCGGGCUGUGCCUGCUUCCUGCCAACGUGCUGAAAUUCCGCCACCUAUAUACGUAUAUGUGCAGCACUGCCCUCGCCCAUAUCACAUGAAUUCAACGAUUUGCUUGUCUUCUUCCAUAUGCUCGUUUUAGCUUUCGCCUGGAUAGCAAUAACCUACGUCCGACAUGUUCCAACCUCGCCGACUCGUCCCUCGCCGAGUGCUAGCGGGGGCAAGCAUGAUUGCGCUCGCCAUCGCCUUUUUUAUAUUCUAUAGGACGCUACGGAGGUCUAUGCUUCGACCUCUAAUUGUGUACGUCUAUUACGACGGAAGCAUGACUCCGGAAGAUGAAUCCUUCCGCGCAAGCAUGGGUACAAUCAAUGGUUUCAACGCCGCAGACGCCGCCCGGAACAGACCACAGCAGACAGCCAACUUGGAGUUUUUCCUACGUCAUGGAUUGCAAAGCAAUGCCGAUUACCUGUUCGUUAUGAACAGUCCCACACCUCAAGGCGUGGUGUUUCCCAACUUGCCAAACAUCUUCGUGUGGGGAAAAGAGAACAAAUGUUACGAUUUGGGUUCUUUCCGCCAAGGAGUAGAGUAUAUGGCUAAAAGACAUCGCCGCUACCGACGGUACAUAAUGAUUAACGCAUCGGUGCGGGGUCCCUUUCUUCCACUAUACGAUAGAGGGUGCUGGAUCGAUCAUUUCCUCGAUCGCCUCACAGAUGACGUCAAAAUGGUGGGGACGACGGUCUAUUGCAAUAUGCAUGGAGUUUCCCGGCACGUGCAGAGUAUGGUAUUGGCCUUCGAUGAGGUUGGAUAUGCGGUUGGGCCCGCAACAUUGCCUUGCCCGGACAAAAUCACUGAUGCAGUUCAUAUGGGCGAGGUUCCCUUGACCGGCAUCUUGGAGACCAAUGGCUACAAAGUGGAUGCGCUGAUGACUUCUGCCACGGGUGACCCGGAUCGUUGUGACUCCGGCGACAUGAAUUUUCGGGAUCGCUACUAUGGCAUGAGCUUCCACCCGUAUGAGCUCAUAUUCAUCAAAGCGAACCGGGGCAUUGAUGAUAAUGCGCUGAAUCAUUACAGCACAUGGCACGACAACAUGCUCGGCAUCCACAAAAACUCUUGCCCGUACUAUGUGUCUGGGCCACCGCUCCGCGGCACUGCCUGAUUCAUCAUCAGGUGCUGAGCGCCGACAUUAUGAGCAGCCUGCUCUCCUAAGGAGCUAUAUGUCAUGGAAGCCUGCAAUCCCUGUCCCAUUUCAGUAUCAGCGAAGGAAGACUGUCCUGGAAAGAGGUUCACAAAUGCAUAUACGCAAACACAUAGAUAUACAUGUACACAUUAACGGCCACAAAUCAAUGGCCACAUUUUGUCAAUGACCCUAUGAUGGAGAUGCUUUUAACCAUAUAUGCAACGCGUCAAUACAAUCGGAGAAAACUGCUGUUGAUAAAGG